GAUACUUUGUACUGUUUGUUAUUCACAGGAUAAACUGCUUCACUCUGCCAGAAUUUGCAGCAAACAGCAAUGGAGCUGUUCGAAAUAAUAAGGAAUAAUUCGAUCAUUUAUUUUGAUCCACGUCGCCUUUAUCAUUUAAUAGCAGUAUUUUCGUUAGUAACGGUAGCAUUUAAAUUGUCGAAACUGUUUAUUAAUAGAAAACAGGCGCUUAAGAUCCUCGAAAGCUUCCCUGGACCUCCAGCGCAUUGGCUUUACGGGCACGUACAUGAGUUUCCACAGGAUGGGGAUGAUUUAGACAAGACUGCAAAAUGGGCAGACCGGUACCCAUAUGCUUUUCCAUUAUGGUUUGGACCUUUUGUACCAUUCUUGAACAUUAACCACCCUGAAUAUGCAAAAACUAUCCUUUCAACUACAGAACCAAAGGAUGACAUUUUAUAUAGAUUCCUUAUUCCAUGGAUAGGGGAAGGUUUGCUUGUGACUGACAAACAGAAAUGGUUUAGGCACAGAAGACUUUUGACACCUGGAUUCCAUUAUGAUGUCUUAAAGCAAUAUGUAAAACUGGUAGCUGAUUCUACAAAAAUCAUGCUGGACAAAUGGGAAAAGUAUACUGGAAAAGAGGAGUCUUUUGAAGUGUUUCAGCAUGCUAGCCUAAUGACGCUUGACAGUAUUAUGAAGAGUGCAUUCAGCUACACUAGCAACUGUCAGACUGAGAGUGGUACAAACAUGUAUAUUAAGGCAGUCUAUGAGAUGUGCAACAUAAUAAACCUCCGAUUCAGGUUCUUCCCUUAUCACAGUGAAAUUCUUUUUUACAUCAGCAAUCUUGGCUACAGGUUUCGGAAAGCGUGCAAGGUAGCACACCAACACACAGAUGAAGUGAUAAAGCAAAGGAAGGAAGCCCUAAAGGAUGAAAAAGAACUUGACAAGAUUCAUAAGAAGAGAAACUUAGACUUUCUUGAUAUCCUACUUUGUGCAAGAGAUGAAGAAAAUAAGGGCCUUUCUGAUGAAGACAUUCGGGCAGAGGUAGACACUUUUAUGUUUGAGGGACAUGACACUACUGCUAGUGGGAUUUCCUGGAUCCUGUACAGCCUGGCAUCAAAUCCAGAACACCAGAAAAAAUGCAGAGAGGAAGUUCUCGUGGCUUUAGAAGGGAAAGACACCGUGGACUGGGAUGAUCUUAGUAAAAUACCAUACACAACAAUGUGUAUAAAGGAAUCACUCCGCCUAUACCCCCCUGUGCCAGGGAUAUCCCGGAAACUCACCAAACCCAUGACAUUCUUUGAUGGACGAACAGUUCCCGAAGGUUUUAUUUUAGGAAUAAGCAUCUACAGCAUUCAUAGGAAUUCUAGUGUUUGGGAAAAUCCAGAGGUAUUUGAUCCUCUGAGGUUUUUACCUGAAAACUGUGCCAAACGACAUCCCUAUGCUUUUGUUCCUUUCUCUGCAGGACCAAGGAACUGUAUCGGACAGAACUUUGCCAUGAAUGAGAUGAAAGUUGCGGUAGCAUUAACCCUGAAGCGCUUUGAACUGGCAGUUGAUCCAAACAAGACUCCAAAGAAGAUUCCUAAGCUGGUUCUUCGUUCACUCAAUGGGAUACACCUAAAAAUCAAACAUGCUUCAAGAAAAACCUGAAUUCAAACCUUGUAACUGUACUGACAAUUUUUUCAUUAUUCUGCCUUUCUAAAAUAGAAGUAAAAUAGAAGUACAGGUGUAAUUUAGUUUAAAAACUCAGGUUUGUUUUGAUUUGAUAUAUGGUAACUUGCAAAUUUACUCCUGUAAAGUUUCCACAUUUCUUGCUAUCUAAACUUUUAAUCAUGGUAUUUUCAAAGGAAUUUAUAAUCUACACCAAACAAAUCCAAAUAAAUAAAUGCUGAAAAUGUGGGAAUAAAAUGAGAUUUGGAAAAACAAAAUGUUUCUCAAUUGCAUAAGUAUUCAUCCUCUUUGCUAUGGCCACCCUAAGACUGUUUGGGUGCAAAAGCAUAGUUUGUGAGGUCACAGAAUUAUUGUCUCAAUGUAAUCAAAUUCUUUAACUUGACUAUAGAGUUAUCUGUCUCUGUAACAUUCCUUGGACAAAGAUUCAAUUUCAAGCCAUAACGCAUGUAGUGAUAUGACAAAUUGACCAGAAAGACUAAGGAGCUUUCAAAACAAAUCAGGUAUACAAUGUGCUUCUGUAGUUUGGUGAAAUUGUACUAACAAAGAAACAAGCCAACAAAUAUAAAGGGAAAGCAUAUUUCAUACUUUGGUGUUAAUUCAGUUGGUUAAGGAAAUGACAGUACUAGCCAACGGUCACAACCUCCCUUACUUAUGAUGACUGAACCAAAGAGGAUGCUGCAACAGUGAAGUUAAAGUGAAGAUAGGGGUGCUAAAAAAGAUGUGUGUAGAGUUUUGCAAGAACUGAGGAGAACACACAUGUAGCACAGAGUGAAUGAGAAGCUCUUAUGAUGCAGGCUUGAGUUUGUUUGGUUGAGUAGAUUUGGAUAUGCAUUGUUUCAGCUUUUCUCUAAAGAAGAAUGAAGUGUCUAAGAAGCAUGUAUGAUGCAGGUGAUGGAAUGCAACUUUCAGGGUAGAGUGUCAGCGACCAGGAUGGGCUCCUAUAGGGACAGAGAUAAAGGAGGAUUGAAAAGAGGAGAGACAAAACUAUACAAUUAGAGACUGGAGCGGACUGCGUACUUGAUCAGAAAGAUAAAGAAGAAAGGGGGGUGGGAAGAUCAAGCAUGAUCCAGAGAACAGAGAAGGUGGAGAGAGAGACAAAGUAACUGCUGUUCCAAAGGUCCAGGAAGGGAUAAGGGGAACUGAAUAAAAAAACAGACACCCCGGCAGAGACAAAGUCUGUUGUUUUCUGUGGAGAAACAGGUGGAAGUGCUGCUUGUGUUAGAAAUUCCAAAUUUGAGAUACAUCUGCCUCCAACAUUACCAUAAUUUUAGUGCUAAAAAGAUGAGAACAAAGUUGUGGGCAUUUAGCAGUAUUUAUAUGUAGGGGAGCAGUAGUGUGAAUUUUACUUCAUCCAAAACAUUUAUUAAACCAUUAAUGGCACAGAUCAAAAGGAGUUUCUUUAAAUUCUUCAGGCAUAUGACAGGAGAUUUUAUGGUUAGAUGAAACAUAGAUUUUUGCCUAAGUCAAAGCAUUACAUCUUUUGCAUCACCAUGUUAACUCCAUCCUUACUGUUGAGCAAGGAGGUUUUAGCAUCAUGUUGUGGGAAUAUUUCUUAUUUUUAUGGUUUUAGGAAGCUUGUUGUAAGAAACAGGUAGGGAAAAUGGAUGCUACACAUUACAGGCAAGAGACAAGAGAGUGUGGUUGAAUUACUCAUGAAUUAUAAACUGGGUAGGAAAUGGACUUUUCAGUGGGACAAUGUCCUGAAACAAGGCCAAAGCAAGACUGAAUAGGUCUAGCAAUAGGCCAGUGAAUGUAGUCAAGUGAAAAUCCUGACAUCCAAAAGAAAAUGAAUGGUGACUCUUGAAAUCAUUAAAUCUUCUCGAAAAACCUGCAGCAUUUUUCUCAGAUAAUAUUGGCAAUACUACAGUAUUCCACUGUAGAAAUUUGUGGAGAUCUGUCCAAAAAUAUUAAUGGUGCUACUGUAUAUCAACACAGGGGCUGAAUACCUAUAUGCUAUCAGUGAUUUUUUUCUGUGUACAUCUUUACAGGUUCUUGCUGACAUUUAAACAUUUCUUAACUAUUUUGUAUUUAAUUAUUAUAGUGAAAGGGCAGGGAAUGUACUAUAAAUUGUUGCUAAUGUGCUAAUUUUCCAAAAAUUAAGUAGUUAAUGUUAAUACCUUACUGCAUAUUUAAUCUUUGUAUAAAAACCCAAUUAUGCUAACAUUAAAAUCAGAUGCAAAAAUGAAAUUGAUUUUUGGUUUUGCAUUUAUAUUUGUAUUUGGAAUUUAUGGUGACACAAAGGCUUGACUGUACAUGGGUUUUGAAGUUAAGAAGACAGGAAUCUUUUGUAUAAUGAUUCCUUGUGUUAGCUAUGUCAGCUAUGUGGAUAGGUCUAUAUGCAUUUACAUUGACUUCCUCAUAAGUGGCGAAUUCAAGCCCUUAAGGUAGAAAAAAAUCAGGUUCUAUAGGCCGGUUUAAAUUCUGAACUUGGGAAUCUGGGAAAAAAUACAUUUGAACAAAAGAUUAGAAAUAACUGUUGUACAAAACUAAUUCCCUGUGGUUUAAGUACUAGACUAAACAUCCCAGCUGUUAAUUACUCCUGCUGUAAAGCUGCUGAAAAUCUGAUGCUGCAACACCAUACAGUACCUACCUUAAUAAAAAAUGUUAUUAUUUAUUAAUUAUCCUCCAUGUUGAUGCUAGUAACCUAAUACCAAAAGAAUGUAUGUAAUGUAUGAUAUAAUUUGCAUUGAAAAAGAAAUUUCAAAUUGUCUUCCUUGUUUGUUAUUGAAUCAUACUUUAUUCAUCUUUAUCAAGUGGUUCACCAAUUUCUUUGAAGAGUGAGAUUGUUUUUUAAAAAAAUCAGAAAUUGCUUGUGUAGUGUAUAUUGGCCGGGAAUUUCAAUAAUCUAAAGAAAAAAUUAAUGCUGUGGUGAAAUCAUUUUAAUUAAAUAAUUAUUUUUUUCACAAUUAUUUAAAAAUGAUUUGAUAAUUGUUAUUACGUGGAAGGCCUAAUUUUGAAAACUAGCCAUUUGCAUUUUAAACAUCAAAUUUCAGCUGCUGCAUGUUGUAGGUGGGCAAAACCAAGCAGUGUGAGCUUCCACUGUGAUUGGGUGUUCUCAGUUUUCCUUGAAAGUCCAGACUGAUUCUUCAUGUUGCUAGAAGUGGACUCUGUAAAAUUAAAGAUUUAUUCAAAUUA